GUGGCGAACGGUGUGGUGAUGGCGGCCGCCAGUGUUGACAUACAGCAGCUGCCAUGAUAACUUGGGCGACUUUACCGUGGGGUCGCGUCCUCAAGUGGACUACCAAUUACCACAGGAAGUCGUUUCACCUCUUGUCCCGGCGCUACUCUCAAAACACGAUGGGGUUAUCAUUUGCGCCACAUGAUGGGCUUGUGAGCAGUCGUCGAGAGGAGGCACAGAGAUCGCUGCUGGUGGAAGUGGCAGGACUGGACUCGGUAUCAGACCUACACCAGGUGUGCUCUCAAUAUGGCAGUGUUCACAAAAUGUUUCACUACACUCUUAAGAGUCCCCAUAAUAACAAGGAGAUGAUUCUAGUGGAAUUUGAGGAAUCAUCAUCCCUCAAACAAGCUCUUAAUUUUACGUGCAUAAACUUGGCCCAAAAUGUCAUUCCUGCCCAUUCCCCCUUUGUGUGGCUGGCAGCAAACAAGGCAUCUGACCAAGCCAGCAGUGUGCCAACUCGUGAAGAUAUGACAGAUAUCAUAACUCCAAAUAUCACAUACUCUGCAGAAAAACUUGUGCAAGAAAUUGUCCACUGUUCCAAUAUGUCAGAGCAAAUUCAGAAGCUGUAUGAUUGCCAAAAGUUAACAGAAUUGGGUUGGAGGCUCAGGUUCUUUACAUGUAGACAAAUAGAAGUCGCAUUGUCUGGGCUAUUUCCCAAUGCCACAGUUCUACCCUUUGGUUCUUCUAUCAACUCAUUUGGAAACCUUAACUGUGACUUGGACAUGAUCCUUGAGCUCUCCAGUCUCAGUUCUCAGGAUAAUACCCAGCGGCUAGUCUUUCAAGCAAAGAAAUCGUUAUCUUCCGUAAAUUCACGAUUGUCAUUACAACGACAAAUGGAGCUUAUUUCUGACAUCUUGGACAACUUUGUUCCAGGAUGUUCCCAGGUACGAAGAAUUCUUAAUGCCCGGGUUCCUAUCAUAAAAUAUCACCAAGACUUGACUGAUGUGGAAUGUGAUCUUUCCAUGUCCAAUAGAUCAGGAUUCUACAUGAGUCAGAUGCUGUACAUGUACGGGAGCAUGGACCCAAGAGUGCGUCCUUUGGUGUUUGCGGUGCGUCGAUGGGCAAAAGACCGACACAUAACUUCACAGUUCUCUGGCCGCUGGGUUACCAAUUUUUCACUAACGAUCAUGGUCCUCUUCUACUUAAUGAAUGUGUCACCCCCAGUAAUUGCUUCGCUUCAAUCACUUGAAGUUAAUACAGGCCCCUGUGAUGGUUAUGGAGAAAAUGUAAGGUUUACUUUCCCACAAAACAUUGAAAAGAUGGCAACAACCGAGAACGAUGAUUCUUUAGAAACCCUCUUUAGAAGAUUUUUUGAAUUUUACGAUAAGUUUAACUUCAGAGAACGAGGACUUUCUAUCAUGCAUGGAAAGAGUUUUGCUAAGCCAGAGCAUAGUGCUUUAUAUAUCCAGAAUCCACUAGAUCAUAAUCUCAACAUCAGUCGGAAUGUUACUCUUGAGGAAGUAGACAGGUUACGUGUUGAACUUACUCAUGCAAGAUUCCGCCUGGAAGGCAGCACUGAUAGCAUUGAUGUGGAAAGUAAUAGCCAAUGGGGUGCACUCUGUUUAUGGGAUGUGGCUGCUACUGGAAAUCUUCAUUCUCAUCAAAAUUCCCAAAAUUAUUCUAUAGACUGGAAAGAUAUGUUUCAUGCCGAAGACAGAAAAAUUGCAUCAUCGACUAAUAACAAUAAUGUAUCUACAAAAUUCGACAGCAAAAACAAUAAAAAAAGGAUAAAUAAUAGCAACCCAAAUUUUUCUGAGAAGGAUAAUGCAUUAAGAGGAGGAAUGAGAGUUACAAGUGCUCCUGAACUUAAUGGCCUGAUAUCAAAAUUAAAACAAAAAGCAGGACAGAAAGGACACAUUCCUCGAAGAAACAAAUUUGUAUACAAGGGUAAAUUUAAAUGAUUUUGAAGUGUCUGCUGUUGCAGAUGAUGAAUGAAGUUGUAUCAGCACCCAUAACCAUAGAUGGGUGUAAUAUUUCUACCUGUGUGUGUCCCAUAUAUAUCUUGGUACUAGAGGAAGUUAGGUAAGGCACAAUUGAUUAUAUUUGGGCAAAAAUUUGACAUUUGAGUUUUUAUAUUUUAUCAGUACAUUAAAGCAACAAUAGAUAAAGGUGGGGUAGAUACUAUCAUGGGAUGUAGCUCGCAGGCCUGUCUCUUACCAGGGGUACUGUGCCGUCUAACUUCCUUCAGGCAAGGUGAGGCAGCAACUGCUAUCUUUUUUGUGUGUGUGUGGCAGGGCUGCUGCUGCUGUCAUGUAACAACCUGUGGUGAGGCAGGGCCAUGUUUGAGGUCUAACUGCUUCCUGAUGAGGCAAUGUGGCAUCUGCCGUAUUUACUUUGUGAGGCAGGGCUGCUGUGGAACUAUGAUCUUGUUGCUGGCACCAGUGUUUUUCAGGUUCAUUGCUUUCCAGGGGUGAAGGCAAUGGCUGCCAAGGGGGCUCUCUUGGCCCCUUAUUCUCUGGGCCUCAUGUGUACUGAAUUUGCAGCUGGAAAAUAAAGCAUUGGAAUACUAAAGGUAAAAAAAAAUAGUCAUUUCAGGGACAAUUUUUUGUUUUUUUGGGUGGGGGGGGGGGGGACACUUAAAUGUUGUUUUAAAUGUGCCACUGAAUAAAAUUUAUAAUUUUCUUUUUUGGCCAUUGUAUGUUACUGUAUAAAAUGUAAAUAAAGUUUGAUAGGAAUAAAUAAAUGAAUAUGAUCCUUUAGUA